GAUAAAAAAAAAAAGAGGUUGAGCACCACUAAGCAAUUUGCUUAACGCGUAGGAAUUUGUUUUUCCUCGCGCAGGCUGUAGAUUCAAGAAACAGUAGAGCAAGAUCUGCAUCAAUCCAGUCAGAGUUACAUCAUUAUUGAUCUUGGGAUGUCUGAAGAACACAGAGAACUUCAAGUCGGAGAAGAAGUAGAAAGUCAUGUACCGACUGAGGCCACUGGUCAUGCACCGCCACAGGCUCCUCCUGGUGCUAGAAGGCCAGAGCAGGAGGUCUUAUUACAGCAAUUAACAGAGAUUUUCAGGCAGGUGGCCGGAGUAGCUCAGCCAACUAUAGUUCCUCCACCAGCACCCGCACCAGCACCAGCCAGGCCGCCUGUUGAUAAACUGAGAAAGUAUGGUGCCACAGAAUUCAAAGGACGAAAGGAAGAUGAUGCAUCCACAGCAGAAUAUUGGUUGCAAAGUACGGACAGGGUGCUUCAGCAGCUACAGUGUUCUCCAGAAGAUAGUCUGGUAUGUGCAGUGUCACUACUGAAAGAAGAAGCCUAUCAAUGGUGGGAUACUGUGGCCCAGAUAGUGCAACCAAUGCAGAGGACAUGGGAGUUCUUCUUGAAGGAGUUCAAAAAGAGAUAUGUAGGUGACAUAUAUUUGGAGGAGAGAAAAAGGGAGUUUAUCUAUUUGAGGCAGGGACGGAUGACAGUAGCUGAGUAUGAAAGGGAGUUUAUUAGAUUGAGCAGAUAUGCCAAGGAGAUGAUUCCUACAGAGGAGGCAAAAUGUAAAAGAUUUGAGCAAGGGUUAAACACAGAGAUCAAGAUGCUUCUAGUUGCUCUUCAGAUUAGAGAUUUUUCAGCACUGGUGAAUGCAGCUUUAAAUGUAGAGAAAGUGAGGGAAGAAGAUCAAAGUAGAAGAUAGAGGAGUCAGC